AUGGCGGUACAGGUAACUCCAUUGUAUGCAGCAUGUAAUUUUGGAUUGUACGAAGUGGUAAAGCUUUUAAUUGAGAAAGGAGCGCAUGUCAACCACAUCAACCACGGUUAUGGUGAAGAUUGGGGUCCUCUUCAUGUUGCUAUUUACCACAAACACAAGGACGUGAUUGCUUUGUUGGUGCAAAAUAAUGCUGAUCUUAAUUACAAGGAAAAGUACGGAAGAACACCAUUGGAUCUUGCCAAGCAAGUGAAUGCUUCAGAAGAAAUCAUUCAGUGGCUUAACGGAUCAACUCAGUAA